AUGUGGUUCAAAAACACUAGUGAAUUAACCAUCUUGAAUUUACUAUAUCUGCAGAUGAAGAACAAACUAAAAACAGAAGAAUCAAAUAUCACCACAAAGACAGAAUUUGUUCUCUUGUGGUUUUCUGAUAUUCCCAAUCUCCAAUGGAUUCUUUUUGGGAUGUUUUUAGUCAUCUCUCUGAGUAUCCUGAUGAGCAAUAGCAUCAUAAUACUGAUAACAAGAAUUGACUCAUCUCUCCAGACCCCCAAGUAUUUUUUUCUUAGCAAUUUCUCCUUUCUAGAAAUUUGUUAUGUCAUCUUGGGAGCUAUCCCAAGAUUGCUCAUGGAUCUUUUGACCCAGAAAGGAAGCAUUUCUUUCUUGGCCUGUGCUACACAAAUGUGCUUUGUCCUUAUGCUUGGAGUCACAGAGUGUCUCCUUCUGGCAGCGAUGGCCUAUGACCGCUAUGUGGCCAUUUGUGACCCUCUGCACUAUCCUCUAGUUAUGAACCACAAGGUCUGUGUCCAGCUGGUGACAGCCUCCUGGAUCAGUGGAGUUCCAGCUGUAAUCGGGCAAACAUGUCAGAUUUUCUCUCUGCCCUUCUGUGGGUCUAACAGAAUUAAUCAUUUCUUCUGUGACAUCCCCCCAGUACUCAAGCUUGCUUGUGGAGACACAUUUGUGAAUGAGAUACCAGUCUAUGUAGCUGCAGUAGUGUUUAUUAUGGUUCCACUUCUUUUGAUUGUUGUGUCCUAUGGCAAAAUUAUCUCCAACAUUCUGAAAUUGUCAUCAGCCAGUGGGAGGGCUAAAGCCUUCUCCACUUGUUCUUCUCACCUGAUAGUUGUAGUCUUAUUCGAUGGAACGGCUACUAUGACUUAUUUACAACCCAAACCUAAUCAGUCGGAAAGACUCGGGAAACUGAUCUCUCUUUUCUACACCGUUUUGACCCCAACAUUGAAUCCUAUUGUAUAUACGCUGAGGAACAAAGACAUUAUGGUAGCACUGAGAAAACUAUUUGGUUAUUAA